CGGAAGUGCGUUUGAGCGAGACAAGAUGUCUGGACGCGGAAAGACCGGCGGCAAAGCCAGGGCCAAGGCCAAGACCCGCUCGUCCCGUGCGGGGCUCCAGUUCCCCGUGGGCCGUGUCCACAGGCUGCUGCGUAAGGGGAACUACGCCGAGCGCGUCGGUGCCGGAGCUCCGGUGUACCUGGCUGCGGUUCUGGAGUACCUGACCGCCGAGAUCCUGGAGCUGGCCGGGAACGCGGCCCGCGACAACAAGAAGACCAGGAUCAUCCCCCGCCACCUGCAGCUGGCCGUCCGCAACGACGAGGAGCUCAACAAGCUGCUGGGCGGCGUGACCAUCGCUCAGGGCGGCGUGCUGCCCAACAUCCAGGCCGUCCUGCUGCCCAAGAAGACCGAGAAGCCGGCCAAGGCCAAGUGAACGUCGGCAGCCCGAGCGACAA